GCGGUUGAUCCAAGAGGCUGACGACGAAAACAGACUCGUGGGAAGCUGGCGAAAUAAGCUGCGGCAUUGAGCAUGGCGUUCUCCUUUGGCCAGCCGGCCGCAUCAUCCAGCGCUCCGAACACGGCAGGCGGCACGACAGGUGCCGGCACCUUCUCGUUCGGCCAACCUGCCACCACUACAGCCUCCGCCGCCAAUGCUACCCCAGCAACCGGAGCACAGGCAGUGACACAAAGUGGUGGUGGCGGCGCAUUCUCUUUCGGAAAGCCGGCGGUUACGUCGGCUGCACCUAGUGCAGUCGGCACAUCGACUUUUUCUUUUGGAGCGCCUGCUGCCCAGCAACAGCAACAGCAAGCACAACCAGGGCAGCAGCAACAGCAGCCGAGCCAGCAGCCAGCGACGACAGGAGGGUCUCUCUUCUCGUUUGGAGGGUCCCAACCGGCUGGUGGGACCCUAGGCGGCGGGCUGCUCGGGCAGCCCCAACCGCAGCAAAAUCAAGCGUCACAGCCGCCAGCGUCGGGAGGUCUAUUUGGCUCAUCUAAAACAAGUGCUGCUCCAACAACAGGAUCGCUCUUUGGGCAGACGUCUACCAACAGUGCCGGGACAUCUCUCUUUGGGCAGAAUCAGCAGCUUCAGCAGUCAGGUGCUCUGCAACCACAGCAACUGCAACAACCACAGCAGCAGACAGUGCAGACGCAACAAGCUGGCCUCGGCGCCUCUACAUCCUCCGCUGCUGUAGAUCCGAGGAAGCUUGGACAGCCUCUCAAUGCGCAACUAGAGGCGGUUUACAAAGCAUGGGACACGAGUGAUAUUGCGUCAUGCAAGUUUCGACAUUAUUUUUACAACAACGUCGGCGAGCAGGCGAUCGAAUCGCUAGCAGGCAACCCCUACGCGGGGCGUCGGCCCGACGCUGUCGGCAGGGAGCACGAUGCGCUUUGGAAUGCGGCGGUAUCGCAGAACUCGGACCCUAAACGGCUUCUCCCCGUCCUGGCUGUCGGCUUUGGUGACGUAAAGAAGCGGCAUCAGGCGCAGCAAGGCGAGGCGACGCGGCAGCUGCAACACCUUAGCGUCUGCUCGGAGCGCCUAAAAGCGCUCGAGCGCAAGCAUUCACUUAGCAACGCCGUGCGACACAGUGCCGCAGCGGCCAAGCAAACCGACAUCCACCAUCGCCUCAUGGCGCUGGUCCGAAAGUGUCACCUGCUCAUCCCGUCUUUGCGCGGCACAAGCAUCGAGCCGGAAGAGGAGAAGCUUCGCGCGCAGCUCGAAGCCCUCGAGGCGGAGAUUGAAGGCACGGGGUAUGACAGCGAAGGCGCAGGAACAGCAGCAUAUUCUAUCUUGAGCCGUCCAGUCGGAGCGACGCGCAUACGGGCUAGCAUUAAUGAGCUGUGGGCGCAGAUCGGGGCGCUGCGAGCAAAGCGGGACGCCAUCGUACGCGCCACGAGCGGUAGCGCUGCCCCUGGCGCGGUCGAGUGGGCGGUCGUUGACCAGGAGACCCUCGACCAAGUCGUAAAGAUCCUUGGACAGCAACAGAAAGGAUUGAAUCACUUGAGCGAUACGCUCACCUCGGACUCGUCGGCUCUUGAUACCAUCUUCCAAGGGCUGCAAGGAGUCAAGCUCGUAGGUGUCAAAGGCACACUAGGCGCCCGGCCGCAAGAAUCCCUUUAGCACGCAGAGGUCAGCUUGGAGUUCACCUGCACUCGCUGCAAUAACAUGUCGCUGCGCUGCUUGUGAUUGCUUUGCCAGUUCUGAGUGGAGAAGGGCACAUCACCUCAGACACACGCGUGUGAUCCCGAGAUCCUCUCAGCUCUGACGAAUCAGGGACCAAAGACCAACAGUAGACUGUCCUGUUCCCCAUGUUUGCGCGCCCUUGAAAAAAAGACGGAUAAGGCACCAAGAUACUAGCAAUG